AUGCCCGCCCCGGCUGCGCUCCUGCGCCCGCUGCAGCGCAACCGACCGCCGGCCUUUCUUCUCCUCGUCGUCUUCCGCCUCCUCAACGCCUGGUGCGUCAGGACCUUUUUCCAGCCAGACGAGUUCUUCCAGUCCCUCGAGCCGGCCUGGCAGCUUGCCUUUGGGCCCGGCAGCGGCGCUUGGCUCACCUGGGAAUGGCACCAUCGUCUGAGGUCGUCCCUCCACCCGGCCGUCUUCGCAGCCGCCUACCGCCUGGCCCAUCUGCCGGCGUCCAUGCUGCUGCCGCCCGGCCAUGUGCUGCGUGCCGCCGCCGUCGUCGGCUCGCCCAAGCUGCUGCAGGCCGUGUCUGCCGCCCUCUGCGACUGGUACACAUGGCAGCUGGCCGUCAACAUCUUCGGCCCUGACGGCAACCUCGCUUCCUCCGUCGCGUUGCUCCUGCAACUCGUCAGCCCGUGGCAGUGGUACUGCUCGACGCGCACCUUUUCCAACUCGCUCGAGACCACGCUCUGCGUCGCCGCUCUGUACUACUGGCCCUGGCGACUCUUUGCCGCCGCCGCCGCGCCGACCAAGGAGAACCCCCGGCCGGUCAACGCCGUCAGCAUCCUCGGAAGCACCCGCCGUCUCCGCGCGUCCCUCUCCCUGGCCGCCCUCGCCGUCGUGCUCAGACCUACCAACCUCCUGAUCUGGGCCACCGUCGCUGCCAUGGCCCUUGCCCGCCCGUCGCUCCGGGGGGCCUCGCCCGUCACGCGGCCCGUCGUCUUUGCUCUCGCCAGAGAGGCCGCCCUCUGCGGCUCCGUCCUCAUCGCCAUAUCCGCCGCCUCCGAUCGCCUCUACUUUGGCUCCUGGGCGUUUCCCCCUUACAACUGGCUCGACUUCAACAUCUCCAAGUCCCUGGCCGUCUUUUACGGCCGAAGCCCCUGGCACUACUACCUGUCCCAGGGCAUCCCGCUGCUCUGCACCACGAGCCUGCCGUUCGCCCUCGUGGGCUUGUGCCGGCCCGCCGCGGCCUCGUCCGCCCCUGCCGAGCGCAACGUCCGCCGCGUGCUGUCCUGCACCGUGCUCACCACCGUCUGCGCCCUGUCGCUGAUAUCGCACAAGGAGGUCCGCUUCAUCUACCCCCUCCUCCCCAUCCUCAACGUCCUCGCUGCCCCGCACGCAGCCGCCUUCUUCUUCUUCACCACCGCGACGACGCCGCCGCCGCCCGCCGAUGCAGCCAACGGCCCCGCUCCCCGCCCCCGUCCCCGCCCCCGGAUCCGCCGCAAACCAUGGCUCCUCGCCGCCCUCGGGGUCAACCUCGCCCUCGCCGGCUACCUCUCCUUCCUCCACCAGCCCGCCCCGCUGGCCGUCGUGUCGUACCUGCGAAAGGAGUACGAGCGCCUCCGCCCCGCGCCGCCCCCGAUCCCCGGCGACGAGCUCUUCGCCCUCUUCCUCACGCCGUGCCACUCCACCCCGUGGCGGUCUCACCUUUACCACCCGGGCCUGAACGCCUACGCCCUCACCUGCGAGCCUCCCCUGCACACCCGACCAAACACCCCCGAGAGAGACGGCUACCGAGACGAAGCAGAUCGAUUCUACGACGACCCCGCCACGUUCCUCGGAGCCGAGCUGUUCUCGCCCCGGCGCAACAUGAGCAUCCCUCGCUACAUCGUCGGGUUCCAAGGCAUCGAGCCCUGGCUGCGCGAUUUCCUGCGGACCCCGCGGGGCAGCGCGCUCGGCAUCAGCCUGCGCCGCGUGUGGAGCGGAUUCAACGGCUUCUUCAACGAGGACUGGCGAAGAGCCGGCCGUUUGCUCGUCUGGGAUACCGGCUUGUAUGAAGGCGCCCCUUUCGGCGACAGUGUAUAA